AUGCAGUCUUAUCUGCAGUAUCGGCGUUUGGGAAAUGCUGUGAGAAAACAGCUAUCGGAUUUCCCUGUCGAAGAUGAUCAACCUCAACAUGGUGCUUCUGUGAAAGCAGAAGAUCAUGCGGCAUCUCCGAAUGAUUCAGACUCCAGCACUGCAACUGAAAUUGCAGAGAGCAACCCCGAUUUGAUCGAACAUCAUGCUCCGGAAUCCAACCACCCAUUAGCGCAAAGUCGGACGCGCAAGUCUGAGAAAGCCGCUAUAGCCUAUUCGCUUCCUGGUGUCACGGUUCGGGAUCUUGACAGUACGACGGAUCUACCCAGUCGCGUCUUUAUUGUUGGCUGGGAUGGCAUUGAUGAUCCUCAAAAUCCUCGGAACUAUAGUCUUGGUCGACGAAUGACGGCUACACUGAUCGUCUCUGCUCUGGGUUGGAUUGUAGGUGCAGCUUCGUCUAUCGAUUCGGGUGUUUUGCCACAGAACGAUGCCGCGUUCGCUGUCAGUGAUGUUGUCGGGUCCUUGGUAGAUGGUCUCUACCUAUUGGGUUUCGCCUUCGGCUCUCUAUUUAGUGGUCCUCUCUCGGAGAUCUUAGGCCGCAACGUCGUCUACACAGGCUCAUUGACCCUCUUCAUGAUCUUCGUCAUGGGCUCAGCCCUCGCACCAAACAUCGGCGCCCAGCUCGCUUUCCGCUUUCUAUCCGGUAUCUUCGGUUGCCCGCCCCUAACCUGCGCAGGCGGCACAAUUGCCGAUCUAUGGAAUCCGCUCGAGAAGACCAUCUUCUUCCCGAUGUACGCGAUUCUCUCAUUCGGUGGUCCCGUACUGGGUCCCGUACUAGCCAACUACAUAGGCCAAACAGACGUCCUUUCGUGGCGUUGGAGCGCCUGGAUUAUUCUCAUCGGCUCUGGUGCCAUUCUCGUCUUGAUUGUCCUAUUCCAACCUGAGACUUAUGCUCCACUACUACUCAAGUGGAAGAGUCAUCAACUGCGCAAGAUAACGGGUGACAAGCGAUUCCGCUCAGAGAUGGACCUCGAGAAAAUCGCCCUCUUCACUCGUAUCGGCGGUGCCAUGAAACGCCAGUUCCUGAUUACUAUUCACGAACCUAUCAUCCUACUCAUUUCUCUAUACAUGACUGUCUUGUACAUUGUGCUUUUCACUUUCUUCGAUGGGUAUACCUACAUCUUUACGGAUACCUACAACCUCUCCGAAGGAAUCACGAAUAUCAUCUGGGUCGCGAUGUACGCCGGUAUCGUCCUCGCCGCCCUUCUGGUUCCAAUCAUCUACAGUUGGACGAAGAAGGACUUCACAGCCGCAGCACAAGCGGUUAACGGUUCCGACCCCUCAACCGAUCCCCACGCUCUCGAUGGCGUGCCGACCGAACCCGAAAUCCGACUCUGGUUCGCUAUGUUCGGUGCACCAUUUAUCCCCAUAUCGCUAUUCUGGAUGGGAUGGACAGAUUACUCAUCUGUUUCGUACUGGUCACCCAUCAUCGCAUCCUCCUGUUUCGGAGUCGGUACUAUCUGCGUGUUUAUCAGUUCAUACAUGUAUGUCAUCGAUUCUUAUGAUAUCUACGCGGCAUCGGCAUUGGGCUUCAUGACUGUUUCGCGGUACUGUGCUGCUGGUGGAAUGACUGUUGUGGGAAUGCCGUUUUAUAAGAAUAUGGGCGUGCAUUGGACCUUGACUAUUCUGGGAUGCAUUAGUGCUAUUAUGGUACCAGUGCCAUAUGUGUUCUAUAAGUUUGGGCCUGUUAUUCGCCAGUGGAGCAAGUAUGCGGUCACGAAUGAGGUUGAGGUUAAGGUCUAA